AGAGGAGAAAAACAAGAAAAAAAAUAUUCUGAACCACUGGACUGCAGACACAGUACAGGAGAAGACCAGAGACUGCGGACACAGUACAGGAGAUUACCAGAGACUGCGGACAUACUACAGGAGAUGACCAGAGACUGCGGACACAGUACAGGAGAUGACCAGAGACUGCGGACAGUACAGAAGAUGACCAGAGACUGCGGACACAGUACAGAAGAUGACCAGAGACUGCGGACACAGUACAGAAGAUGACCAGAGACUGCGGACACAGUACAGGAGAUGACCAGAGACUGUGGACACAGUACAGAAGAUGACCAGAGACUGCGGACACAGUACAGGAGAUGACCAGAGACUGCGGACACAGUACAGGAGAUGACCAGAG